AUGGACGAUGACUUCAACGACCCGCAAUUCUUUCAGAAUUUCCUGCAAGAGGUGGACAGCAUGUUCCCGCAGGGCGACGCUCCGGAUGACAGCUCGCUGCUGCCUGCUGACUGCGGCUCGGGAGACGUCAAUAGUUCCGAGGCUGACGAAUCCCUGCAGCACCCCACACGUUGCUGGCAUGAAGAAUCCCAAUCGGGAUUGAUAGCUGUUCCGCCACCGGUUGUGCAUCCAUACUACAUGAUGGAUCCGAAUACUUCCACUUCGCUAUCAUUACUUGGAAAGCAACAAGCGGAUCACGAUGCUUGGCUAGAAACUAAGCACCAAGAUUCUCCAGCGGUGAUUCCACAAUUCUCAGCGGCUUUGCACGAUUCACUUCCAGAAUCGAGCAAUAUUCCGUCCAACGGGGCGCUUCUGUCCUCAUGGAAGAAGCAUGUCGACCACGAUAACCCAAUACACCUUGACACUACGGGAUCCGCUGCGAAAGAAUCAGAGGAGCUGUCUGUGAUUGGACCCAAAGUCAUCGAAGAUGGCCGGGCCCGCGAUGGCUACGUGCAUGAGAAUGGCGGAGGCUACACAUGCAGAUUUCCCAACUGCAAAGUCAAGCGUCUCUUCAAGCGCAAGUAUGAGCUCCAGCGUCACAUGGGGAUUCACACGCCGACGCAGACAUUCGAUUGCCCCGUGUUCUCUUGCAAUCGUCGCGGUCGCUAUGCUUUCUACAGAGAGGACAAGCUCAAAGCGCAUUUGAAGGCUGUCCAUUCCGAUGAGGAUCAAGCAGCUUGUCCUGUGCCAGGCUGUCGAGCUCUUGCUGAGACUUUUCCACUGGACCUUCUCAGGGUCCAUGUUUCUUGCCAUGACAAUGACGACGCCCAGACUAUCAAGCUACUGAAGAGCUAUGGGGAACGAGACCGGAAAUGCCCCAUGCGGAAUUGCCGACAGAAGCGCUGGUUGAGCAUCGAGCAGAUUGCAGGCCCGAAGGGACACCUCAUGUCUCACGAUGAAGCUGAUCGAAUCUCACAAGCAUCCGAUCUUCGAGGUCGGGGUUACGGGGUGCAUGGCGAAGCUAUUUGCCCCAUCUGCGACUAUUCAUCGACGGACAUUGCUGCCAUUCAACAACACAUCGAGUCCGAGCAUAUCCUCACCGAGCAUGGGAGGAUGCACGUCAACGCUGUUCGAUCAAUCCUCAAACCUUACGAUAAGACCUAUCCGCGUGUUUGGGACCAUUUACCAUAUGGUUGGUUUGCCUACUCAUGUCCCAGCUGCCCCUACGAGAAAAAGGAAUACCAAUCUGCUCCCACCGAUCAUGUGGGGAUUUUCAAGCCCUCCGAUGAAAUCUACCCGUUCAGGAGACACAUCCUGCAUCUCUGGCCAGAGUUUCAUUCCCAUCCCGUAUUCGAUGACGUCCGUCCCACAGCUUGA